UGCGGAGUCUCCGGCGGGCUUCGGCGCUACCCGGCGGCUGGGCGGCUGAGGCGUGCGGUCGGGGCCGGUGUCGGGCCCAGGCCGGGGACGGGCCUGGAUCGGGGCGGCCAUGGCGGACACCGCGGCGGGGCUCCUGUCGCUGCCCUCGGGGCUGCUGGAGCUGUGCGCGCUGCUGGGCGCCCCUCGGGACAGCCUCCGCGGCCUCCAGCAGGUCGCUCACAAACGAGGAAUGAAGAACCUUUCUUCCCUUGCCCCGGAGGUUCUGUCUGUCUUCGUACCUCCUUUCACCACAAAGGAGGACGGCCAGGUGACCGGGGCAGUCUGCACCACUCUUGGCAAAGCCAGGAGGCGCUCCUUCCGGAAGAAGAGAGAGAAGCCCCGGACGGAGCCCUGGAAAGGCCCCCUGGGGGACUCAAAGGGACCCGAUUCCGAGGACAUCAGCAUCCCAGGUGGCGUGGACCUCCUUGCCCUACCCCAGCUGUGCUUCCCAGGGGGUGUGUGUGUGGCCUCAGAACCAAAGGACGAUUAUGUGCAUUUCCUCGUGCUCACAGAUGUCUGUGGAAACAGAACCUUUGGUGUGGUGGCCCAGUACUACCGACCCCUGCACGACGAGUACUGUUUCUACAAUGGCAGGACCCACCAGGAGCCCACUGUGAGCUCUGCGGGCCGCUUCGUUCCCUUCGCAGUGUGCGUGGUGUCCCGGUUCCCCUACUACAACUCUCUCAAGGACUGCCUUUCCUGUUUAUUGACGCACUUGAAGCUCUGUAAGGAUUUUGAAGUUGACAAUCACAUAAAAGAUUUCGCUGCAAGACUGUCGUUAAUACCUAGUCCACCGCCUGGUCCGCUCCACUUGAUAUUUAACAUGAAGCCGCUGCAGGUGGUAUUUCCCUCUCGAGCGGACCCUGAGAGCCCCAUCAUCGACUUGGAUCUUCACCUGCCCCUGCUGUGCUUUAGUCCUGAAAAGGUGUUGCAGAUCCUGACCUGCAUUUUGACAGAACAGCGCAUCGUGUUCUUCUCCUCAGACUGGGCCCUGCUGACACUCGUCGCGGAGUGCUUCAUGGUCUAUCUCCACCCACUGCAGUGGCAGCACACCUUCGUGCCCAUCCUGUCGGGCCAGAUGCUGGACUUCGUCAUGGCUCCCACGUCUUUCCUUAUGGGCUGCCAUCUCGACCACUUUGAAGAAGUCAACAAGGAAGCUGAUGGUUUGGUCCUGAUCGAUAUCGACCAUGGAAGCAUCACCUGCUCUAGGUCCUCUGACAAGGAUAUGGACAUCCCCGACAUCCCUCUUCUGCCGGCACAGACGUUCAUUCAGAGAAUCCAGAGCCUCCAGCUGCACCCUGAGCUACACCUCGCUCACCUCAGCUCCAGCACAGACCUGAAUGAGGGCCGUGCCCGCCACAGAGCCUGGCAGCAGAUGCUCAACUGCAAGAUCCAGCACAUCACCCUGCAGCUGCUUGUCAGCAUCUUCAGGGACGUGAGGAAUCACUUGAAUUAUGAGCACCGAGUGUUCAACAGUGAGGAGUUUCUCAAAACGAGAGCGGCAGGGGAUCAGCUGUUUUACAAGCAGGUUUUGGACACCUACAUGUUCCACUCAUUUCUGAAGGCGAGGCUCAACGGCAGGAUGGACGCCUUUGCUCGGAUGGACCUAGACACCCAGUCUGAGGAGGACAGGGUUGACAGGAUGCUUAUAAGUCCAAGGAGACCUACUGUGGAGAAGAUGGCCUCGAGGAAGGCCUUGCCCCUGCACAUCACCCACAGGCGCAUGGUGGUCAGCAUGCCCAACCUGCAGGACAUCUCCCUGCCUGAGCUGCUGCCCAGGAACUCGUCACUUCGAAUAAUGGAUACCUCGUGCUGCAGAAGCAGCAGCCCAGUUCUGAAUGUGGCCCCUAAGUCCACGUAUACAUUCAAGAUCCCCGAGAUCCACUUCCCGCUGGUGAGCCAGUGUGUUCAGGCGUACUACACGGACCUCAUCACCCUGCUGAGCAAGGCCAUGGGCCUGCUGGGCCCUGGUGACUCUCUGCUCCUAGCCAGGUACUUCUACCUGCGUGGCCUUGUUCACCUGAUGCAGGGGCAGCUGUUGAGCGCCCUCUUGGAUUUCCAGAACCUGUAUAAGACGGACAUAGGGAUCUUUCCUGCUGAUCUUGUUAAGAGAAUGGUGGAAUCCAUGUCGGCCUCUGAGCGGGCCCAGGCUGAGCGGAUGCCCGAGCUGAGGCGGCUUAUCACUGAGGUCCUGGACAAGCCAGGUGAGGCCCCCAAGGCAGACGACGCCGUGAAGAACUUUGAGCUGCCCAAGAAGCACAUGCAGCUGAGCGACUUUGUGAAGCGGGUGCAGGAGUCGGGGAUUGUGAAGGACGCCGUCGUCAUCCAACGCCUGUUUGAUGCGCUCACUGUGGGACAUCAGAAACAGAUCGAUCCUGAAACAUUCAGAGAUUUCUACACAUGCUGGAAGGAGACAGAAGCAGAGGCACAGGAGGUCAGCCUGCCCGCGCUGCUGAUGGACCAUCUGGAUAAGAAUGAAUGCGUUUACAAGCUGUCGAGCUCUGUGAAGACCAAUCGUGGUGUUGGCAAGAUCGCCAUGACCCAGAAACGCCUGUUCCUGCUCCCUGAGGGGCGGCCAGGCUAUGUGGAGAUUGCCACUUUCAGGAACAUAGAGGAAGUCAAAAGUACCAUGGUGGUGUUUCUCCUCUUGAGGAUACCCACCCUAAAGAUCAAGACGGUGGCCAAGAAGGAAGUCUUCGAGGCCAACCUGAAGUCUGAGUGUGACCUGUGGCACCUGAUGGUGAAGGAGAUGUGGGCCGGGAAGAAGCUGGCAGAUGACUACAAGGACCCACAGUACAUCCAGCAAGCGCUGACCAACGUCUUGCUCAUGGACGCCGUGGUUGGCACGCUGCAGUCACCCAACGCCAUUUACGCCGCCUCUAAGCUGUCCUACUUCGAUAAGAUGAAGAACGAAAUGCCCAUGGUGGUCCCGAAGACGACGUCAGAGACCCUGAAACACAGGAUUAACCCUUCGGCAGGAGAGACCGCCCCACAAGCUGUUGACGUCUUGCUGUAUACUCCGGGGCGCCUUGACCCUGCAGAGAAAGUUGAAGAUGCUCACCCCAAGUUGUGGUGUGCCCUGAAUGAAGGCAAAGUGAUCGUGUUUGAUGCUUCUUCAUGGACCACCCACCAGCAUUGCUUCAAAGUGGGUGCCUCUAAAGUGAACUGCAUGGUGAUGGCAGAGCACAGCCAGGUGUGGGUGGGCUCUGAGGACUCUGUCAUCUACAUUAUCAACGUCCACAGCAUGUCCUGUAACAAGCAGCUCACAGAUCACCGUGCUGCAGUCACUGGCUUGGUCGUGCAAGAUGGAAAGAAGCCUAGCGAAGUCUACUCCUGCAGUCUAGAUGGAACGGUCCUAGCGUGGAAUGUGAGCACGCUCCGUGUGACCAACCGGUGCCAGCUGCAGUCCAGUAGCCUCACAUCCAUCAUCCUGUACAGUGACCGCCUGUGGUGCUGUACAGGCAGCAGCAUUGUGGUGGUGACAGUGCAGGGCUUUUUUCCUCAAGAGCUGAGGCUGAAGAACUCCGGGGAGACGCGCAGGCCCUUCCAGGCCUUCCAGCUUCUUCCCGAGCAGGAGCAGCUGUGGGUAGCCUGCUCAGGGCACAAUGAACUUUAUAUCUGGAGCCUGAAGGACCCUGGCCAGCCUCCUCAGAGGAUCCACUUGCAGGACUGCACCGAGGUCAGCUGCAUGAUCUGUGUGAAGAGACAGAUCUGGGUGGGUGGCAGAGGGAUGUCACAGGGAAAACCCAGAGGAAAAAUCUACGUGAUGGAUGUGGAGAAGAAGGUGGUGGAAAAGGAGCUGGUAGCCCACACAGACACCGUGAGGACUCUGUGCUCAGCAGAGGACCGUUACGUGCUGAGCGGGGCAGGCCAGGAGGAGGGAAAGAUUGCCAUCUGGAAAGUUGAAUGAAGUCCGUGUGCCGAGUCACAGCUGCCUUGUGAGAGGAGGGUGCCUCCCACCACACAGUAGUGUCAGCAGCCUGUGGAACCCAUGUCGCCUGCUCACGAAGGCCUUCUCAUCCAGCUGCUUCCCUGGGUGAGCAGCCGCACCACAUGGCUGAUAACCUCCGCUGUGAAGUUACCUCAUGUUACCUAGACAUUUCCAGAUUUUCAACCAGGAGUCAGCACAACAGCUACCAGUUUUGCUGAAUCACACAUCUGGAACCCUCCCUUCUUGCUUCUCCCAUUCAUUCAUUCAUUCAUUCACUCACUCAUUCACUCAUUCAUUCAUUCAUUCCACAGACACUUAGGCCUCAGCAGUGUGAUGUGGCUGGGCCGUGGUGAUGAGCUGCAGAGCUCUGCAGCUUUCCAUGGACUUCCUGGGUGUUUGAGGGUACACACUGUGGCAGAACAGGCUUGCACUGUCCACGAUGUGCACAAUGUCCACACUGGAGCAGGCGACCACUGUGGGCAGGUCCGUCCAGUCUUACGCGGGGCCAGCUGAGAAGCAUUGCCUUUCUUUUCAAGAUGAAGAAGCCAGCGACUGCAGGCUGGACGCUUGUUCCAGAAGCCUUGCAAGCUCUCAUCUCCAGUGGCUCUGCCUGGCUGGGCAUGUGUUCCCACUGGAUCUGCAUGGGUGCUCUGUGCAUGUGUGUUCUGUGUAUGUGUGUCCUGUGCAUGUGUGCACGCAUACUUUGGUACUGAAUCAUAAAUACCUAGUUGUAAAUGGACCUCUCGUUUACCCUACUGCUCAGGUUUCCUUCAUGUUUGGUGAGCUUGCCACACGAGGGGCCUGUCCUGUCCCCUGGGCCCUUCUGUUGAGCUCAGCACAGAGCGCUCUGGACACUCCACCCUGGCUUUUCAGGACUCAGUGAGCACCAAGUAGACAGAGCCCACUAAGGGUUUGCCAGGGGUCUCCCUCUGUCUCUGGACCACAGCCAAACUUCAGCAGCAGUCGUGGGCCCAGGCCUGCUGGACCUACAUUUAGAAGGUCUGUGUCACGGACUGCUAGUACCCUAAAGGUGUGGCCUUUGGGAGCUCCCUUGGAUAUGGUGCAGAGCUCUCAGAGUCGCACCCCUGUCUAGUCUGUGUCUAGACUAUUCCAGAUGUCUAAAAGAAAGAGGUGGCCAGCAGCCAAGGGCAGAGGUUUAACCUGUCUUGAUAACACAAGAAACCUACUACUGUAAAUGUCAGUCACAAAUGCAUUCUAAGUUAUUUAGUGCCGGUCCAUGUGUUUGCGGCUUGUGAUAAUAAAUUCUUUUCAUUAGAAAUGCUCGUUUUAUUUUGACCACUGUGAACUGGUGGAGAGGUCUUGAAACCGGAAACCUUUUUGUUUUUGAUUUUUUUUUUUUGUGCAGUGCUUAGAUGAAACCGAGGGUCUCUCCAGGCUAAGCAAGUGCUCCAGCACUGAGCCACAUCCUCUGGGCCGAAGAGGUCUAAAGUGAUCCAGGAUGGCCUCAACCUCAUGAUCCUCCUGCCUCAGCACUCAACUGCCAGGAUGAUCGCUAUGCCCACCCCACCGGGCAGACACAGAACCAUUCUGAAUUUCUCUGUUCCGCUGAGCACCAAGCAAGAUGUCCCAAAGCAGACUUCAUCUCUUACUCCUGGUGAUAAUUUCCGAGAUCUUAUGUGUUGUGAUUACAUUGUAACAGCCAACAGAUACAGAGGGCCAGAGGCUUUUAGGGAUGAUCAUUUGUAUCAGGAGAAAAGGUGGCAAACAGUGUUGCAGUGGGAGGGGGGCUGAAAUGAGCUUGGCUCUGUAUCCCUUAAGUAGGAGCCUUGUAAACGGGGGUGUUGAGAUGGAAAGGGCACUUCGGUACCUUCAGUUUGUCCUCUGUGCCUCAGAGAGAUUCUAUUCUAAGUGAGCUGUAGUGGGCAGGGCCAGAAUGAGCGGGAUUCAGGAGGCAGCACUGCCCCACCUCAGCGCCUCAGAGAUUCAAGCCUCACAAAUCUGAAUUAAACUGAUACCAAAAAAGUAUUUAGCUUGGACCAGAAACCAAUGUAUAUGAAUAUAAUUUCAGCUCUCCAGCUGUCUCAUACAGAACAGCAAGUUGGUGCGCUGGGAGCUGGCCCACCCAAACCUCACUCGGUUCCCCCAGGUUGAUGGGGGAAGUUGUAAAGAUGAUCUUGAAUGGCAGUGUCUAAGACUUUGUGGGAGAUGUGUGUCAGCCACUCCCCAGGGAAAGCCUUGGGCUUGGCUGUGACUACACCUGAAUUAGGUGCACCUGGUUUUGUCUCUCUCCAGAAGGUCCUUCAGGAAGUUGAAGGGGUGCCUCCGCAUGGCAGGAAAGCCAGGGGCACUGCCUUGUCGCCCUGAUUUCUUGCCCACAGGUGAGCAGAGGCUCCUGGACACAGCUGGUUCCCCUAGCCACACGGCUCCGCCAAGCCACAGUGAUCUGGGCACACGUGGUUACAUGGUCACAGGAAGCCCUGGGUUUCGGGAUCAUGAGGAGGCAGCCUGGGGGCCCAGGCCAGGCCCUUCCAGACAAGGCUGACUGGACCUGGCCAUGGGACCAGAACCCUGUGCCGCUGGACUGGUUCCUUUGUGUAGAGCUGCUAUGGGGACGGAGGUUUGUGGCUUUCCAGGAACUGUUCCACACACAUGCCCUCUUGGGUUCUGUGAGCUGGGCUCUCUUAAGUCCUCAAGAACAAGCAGGUGAAGCUGUGGAAACCACUGUAGUGGGCUGAAUGGUGGCCCUCAAAAAGAUCUGGCCAUGUCCCAAUCCUUUGGACCCAUGAACAUGACCUUAUUUGGAAAAAGGGUCUUUGCAGAUGUGCCCAGAGAUCACUAGCCACAUCCUGAAGCCGGGAUGUGCGGACAGAGAUGCCCACAUGGAAGCCAUGGGAACGUUGGCCAUGGGUCUGGGGACACUGGAAGGAGUCUUCCCUAAGAGCUCCAGGGACUGUGGCUCUGCACACCUGACUGACAUUGCAGAGCUGAGAGAACAUGGUUCUGUUGCGUCGGCCCCUCCAGCUGUGACUGUUACACUGGGUACUUCUGAGCAUGCUGGGCGCACACCGUUGCCUACUCGGAGCAGCUGUGAAGACUGGAUGUGUCGGCCCACCUCGAGCAUCGGGCAUCCCCACUGCAGUGCCUGCAGCAUACAAUGUCACGUCUGUGGGGUGAACACAGGACUGCUGGACUGUGUGAGACCCUACUUCCUAAAACAAAAGUAAAGCAAAUAUAAAAUAGUCUGGAAGAGUCAGGCCGUCUACACUGCACAUAAACCGGAGUAAGAAAAUUGGGCAUGGCAUCCGGGUACAAAGUCAGUUCACGACACUGCGGAGGGAAGUGGGAAAAUUCAAAAAGUUCUUAUGACAGCAGGGACCAAAGAGAGUGUGGUCACUCACCUUGGCAGAAAAAGUUAAGGACUCAAAUAAAAGAUACAUUGUGUUCAUGAACUGGAAA